GUUAUUGACUGCGUAAGCAAGUGCGCGGCGUGGGAAACUUGACCAGCCGCAUGGCUGCGGGUUGCUCAGCGUCUCCGCGGCCGAAGGCGGCCUCAGAAGGGCCGGUGGUGGGACCGGCCGGCGUCUUGCCUUGCCUAGAAUUGCCUACCUACGCGGCCGCCUGUGCGCUCGUGAAUAGCCGCUACUCCUGCCUGGUGGCGGGGCCGCACCGAAGACACAUCGCACUGUCGCCGCGCUACCUUAACAGGAAACGCACCGGUAUCCGAGAACAGCUCGAUGCCGAGCUCCUGCGCUAUUCCGAGAGCCUUUUAGGUGUACCCAUUGCUUAUGAUAACAUCAAAGUAGUGGGUGAAUUAGGAGAUAUUUAUGAUGAUCAGGGACACAUUCAUCUUAACAUUGAAGCAGAUUUUGUUAUUUUCUGCCCUGAACCAGGGCAAAAACUUAUGGGUACAGUUAAUAAAGUGUCUUCCAGCCACAUUGGCUGUUUAGUACACGGGUGCUUCAAUGCCUCCAUUCCUAAACCUGAGCAGAUGCCAGCCGAGCAGUGGCAGACUCUGGAGAUAAACAUGGGUGAUGAACUAGAAUUUGAAGUAUUUCGUUUAGACUCAGAUGCUGCUGGAGUAUUCUGCAUUCGGGGAAAACUGAAUAUCACUAGUUUACAAACCAAGUGCUCUGCAGUUUCUGAAGAAGUAACAGAAACUGGCACUGAAGAAGCUACUGAAAAACCUCAAAAGAAGAAAAAGAAAAAGAAGAAAGACCCAGAGCCAUAUGAAGUGGAAAGUGGUAUCACAGAGCUAGCAGAUUUUGCAGAUGUUACCAUGAAGGAAGAGACAGAUCUGCAGAUUAAUAACAAUGUGAAUGGCCUCUGGAAGGAAGAGCCAAAGAAGAAGAAAAAGCACCAGGACCCUGUUUUCCAAGGCAGUGACUCCAGUGGUUACCAAAGUGACCAUAAAAAGAAAAAAAAGAAAAGAAAGCACAGUGAGGAGGCUGAAUUUGCACCACUUUUGGAACAUGCACCCAAAAAGAAAAGGGAAAAGUAAUUUUCUUUAGUGCAUUUUAAACAUGAUUUGGUUUUUUAAAAAUUGAUUUACACAAAAGAGAUGACUAUAAAGUUUGAACUAUGAAAUGUUUUGUAUUCCAGUACUUUGCAAAACAGGGAACAUUUGAUGAGGAGUUGAGUUUUUGGUGCUAAAAUUACAAAACAGAUAAAUUUGGGAAAUGCCAGUGUUAUUAAAGUGCUAUUUUACUAUAGACAGAAUAGAAAGGUAAGAGCUGCCCUCAAUCUCAACCCUUCAUUCUUCCAGUGUAUACAUUCUAAAUAAAAUGAUUUCUACAGUCUGCAAAAGGACUUUUAAAAUAUAGUGUUAUUUCAUAUCAUGAGUUUUGAGCUUGGGCUUUAGGGUUUUUUUGUUGUUACAGGUUUCACAUUUAGUCAUGAUAUUACAUGACAUGCUAUUUUGCUUUGUUUAAAUUACCAGUUUUAGGAUUUCUUUUAUCAUGGCUACUACAGUAUUUCUACUGUUUAACUUAGAAUGGUUUGCCAAAGGAGUUUCUGAAGUUUCCAGAGCUCUUAAGAACCUUGCCACUACUGACUGUGUGGUAGGAAACAAUAUUCACUAUUCUUUUCUUCUAGGUGCAUGUAUGUUGUUUUCCUUUCUCUCUCAGUCUAAGAGGUUGAUGGAGAGGCUGUUUUCUGACACUUGUUCAUCUGUGCCUCAACCAUUCUGCUUUUGUUGUGUGUUGGAGAGGAGGAGAGUCUGCUGAAGACAGGAAAAAUGUGAUUCUGACUAGUGGGGAACUUCCCUACUUUUAAUAUUUGAGUUAAGCUACUAGAAAUUAUUGUGAAGAAUGAAAUGACAAGCUGGUUGAGCCUGAUAAUCAGUGCAAGGUUGUGUUCGUUCAGGUAACAGGUAUUUGAUGAUCUGUGUGUAAAACACAUUCUACUGAGGUCCAGGGGUAUAAUGGCAAACAAGGUAGAAAUUCCUUCCCUCAUGGAAUGUCAUAGGAAAAACAGAUGCACAUACACAAUAUAAGUAAGAAAUACAGAAAAUUACUAAUUGUGGUAAGUGCUACAGAGAAAAAGAAGAUUGUCUACUCACUGUUAGUUGUGAUCCAUGGCAGCCAUUUUCAUUGCCAUUUAUCUAGUAUCAGACAUAGUACUGGUCUUACAUUGUUUAAUGUUUGUUAAUGUAUGGGUUCCCAAAGUAGUAGAUCCAAUCUGUAAUGAUAGAAUAUAGAAUUUGGAGAGUGGCAGUCAGUCAUUCACAAUGUUUGUCUACAAGCACAUGUGCCAGACAGUGGAAAUGUGCAGGCCAGUAUCUUUCCUUAUCAUUAGGUUCAUGUGGGUAUUUAGCCCUCAAAAUGUAGCUAGUCCAAAUAGAGAUGAGGUAUCAGUAUAAAAUACACAUCAGAUUUUGAAGAUGUACAAAACAUGUAAAAUAUCUCAAUUUUGUAUAUUGGUGAGAUUAUAAUAUUUUGGUACAGUGGGGUAAAUAAAAUGUUACAAUUAAAUCAGCUUUUUUCAUUUAUUUUUAAAAGAUUAAAAAUUGCAUCUGAGGGGCCCACAUUAUCUUUGUUUUGGACAGCACUGGUUUAAAGGAAGGAUGAUUUGAAAAGAUUUAAAACAAGCUAUACCAUAUUCUCAAGAGUUUAAUGUAGUACCAUACCCAGAAAAUGUCAUAUAAAUACUUCCUUUAAAUUUUUAAAUUUAAAUACAUAAUUAUAAUGUCUGACUUAAUGUGAAAAAUUAAUGUUUAGUGAAACAAUUCUAAAUCCCUUCUGGUAAAUACUAAGGAAGCUGUUAAAUUGAUGCUAUUGGAAAAAUACUUUGUGGCUUAGCAAAAUAAAUUCCCACAUAUUUAUUGUA